CCCAAACGUCCCCCUCCCGAACCCGACGCCAUGAUCCUCCACAUCUUGGACCGAUUGGGCUGGCUCACCCUCCUCUACUCAUCAAUCACAUACUGCACAUACCAACUACGAAAUCUCAUCCCAGAGAAGCUAUGCUACGCCUUGCUGCUGCUCCUCACAAUUGUCUACCUCAAAAAAGUCAUCCACCAUCUCGACCAAGAGUCGCGGAUCCGAAGGCUCGGAAAGCGCGCUCCCAGCGUCCGCACGCCGUAUCCAUUUAAUUUGGGGGUCAUGUUUCAAGCGCUGUAUUACUUCUCUCAACAUCGCAAUCAUGAGUUCUGGUGGAACCUUUUCAAGAAGGGAAACCCGAACCGGCCGUAUACGGUUGAAGCUCUAACGCUGGGAGGGAGGUUAGUGUUUACGGCUGACGAGGAGAAUAUUAAGGCGAUUUUGGCGACGCAGUUUAGUGAUUAUGGCAAGGGGCCGCAGUUUCGGAAGGAGUGGAAGGAUUUCUUGGGGUUGAGCAUUUUCACGACGGAUAAAGAGUUAUGGCAUAACUCGCGACAGCUGCUUCGGCCGCAGUUUAUCAAGGAUCGGGUGUCGGAUUUGCAGAAGUUUGAGCAUCAUGUGCAGAUUCUAUUGCCACUGAUGGCGGGAAGCCAUAACGGUGCGACAGUCAGGCUCGACGACUUCAUGUAUCGUUUCACACUGGAUGCCGCCACGGAUUUCUUGUUUGGCACCAGCGUCGGGAGCCUGCUGAACGGAGAAGCCGAGUUCGCCCAGGCGUUUGCGGAGGUGCAAGGAGUCCAGGCCAUUAUCGCUCGAUCGGGUCCACUAGCCUCGCUUUAUCCGAAGAAGAAGUUUCACGAGGCGUUGAGUGUGAUGAAUAAAUUCACUGAUCGAUACAUUGACCAAGCUCUGCAGCUGCCGAAAGAGGAGCUGGAGAAGAAGACCAAGUCGGAUGAAGGUUACACGUUCCUGCACGCUAUCGCCACGUAUACGAGAGACCGUCAGGUGCUGCGAGAUCAGCUCGUGGCGGUGCUUUUGGCUGGCCGUGACACCACCGCGGUGACACUUUCGUGGCUGUUCUAUGAACUGUCGCUCAAACCAGAGAUUGUGAAAAAGCUACGCCAAGAGAUUGUCAGCCAUGUCGGUUUGCAUCGGGAGCCUACGUAUGACGACUUGAAGUCCAUGCGUUACCUGCAACACACACUGAACGAGACACUCCGCCUCUAUCCGGUCGUACCAUACAACGUGCGAGUUGCACUCGAGGAUACGACGCUGCCGCACGGUGGAGGUCCAGAUGGUAUGGAGCCUGUGGGCAUAGCAAAGGAUACCCCGAUCGGAUACAGCACUUUCGUGAUGCAGCGCCGAGCAGACAUUUACCCUCCAGAAUCGGACAAGUUCCCGCACUAUUUGAAGUUUGCGCCCGAGAGAUGGGACCACUGGACUCCGAAGUCGUGGACUCAUAUUCCAUUCAAUGGAGGACCAAGAAUAUGCAUCGGCCAGCAGUUUGCCCUUACCGAAUUGGCGUAUACGGUGACCAGAAUUCUUCAAACGUUUGAGAGAGUGGAGUGCAGAAUGGACGAGUACCCAGGAACCAAGACCGAUAUCGUAUUGCAACCUGCCAAGGGUGUGUAUGUAGCGUUUGUGAAGGCAGGGAGCGUUUGAAGCAAUUGCAACCUCUGCAAUCUCUGUUCGAGCUGCACCAAGAUCUGCGGGAGACUUGUCUCAUCUUUCCUCCGGACCUCUACUCGAGGUAGCGUCUUCCAACUGCAAAGCUUGCGCUGUGAAUGAAGCUGGAGAUCCACCAACGUGAGCAGACACGUUGGUCACAGGCGAUGGACGAGAAGCACACGCUAUAAGGUAUUUUUAUGUUGAGUGGCACUUCCAUCACAUUGAAGAUCUUGUCGGCUUUUAGGAAGGUGUUCAUCCAGCAUUCCGGGCCGGGGAGCCAAGGGAUGCGGAACCUGCGAGCUGGUAGGCCGCAGAUCUCGUUUGUAGCUUCCCACAGACCGGGUCUCUCAAUCACAUGCGAGAAGGCUCCUUGUAGGAUCUUUUCUGAGAAGCAGUAGGAACAGCCGAUGGGCUGCCAAAUUUGCUUACCCAGUUGUUGGGCG